AUGGCGCCGUCACAACCCCGCGCCAAGAAGGCGCCCCGAUCGUGGGAAACCCUGGCGCCUAGCCUUGCGCCGUGGGUCCUCGAUUACCUUUCUUCCAUGGGCUUCGAGCAGCCUACGCCGGUACAAAAGUCGUGUCUCGAGAUCUUCCGAGGGAACAAGGAUGUCGUCGUAGAGGCCGUGACGGGGAGCGGAAAGACGCUUGCUUAUCUGAUCCCGGUGGUUGAGAGGCUCCUCCGAUCCGAAGAACCAGCGAAGAGACACCACGUUCAGGGCAUCAUCAUUUCACCUACACGAGAGCUCGCAUCCCAAAUUUACAAUGUGCUUGUAUCAUUCAUUCAGUUCCACGGCCCAUCUUCCGAACUCCUCUCCCACGCGAAGAGCGACGAGAAGCGACCGGCCACGACAGAGCCCGUGAUAGUCCCCCAACUCCUCGUCGGCGGCACGACGAAAGCCGCCGAAGACCUCAGCGCGUUCUUGCGCCUAUCACCCAACCUCCUUAUCGGCACCCCCGGCCGUCUUUCCGAGCUGCUGUCGAGUCCGUAUGUCAAGGCGCCGUCGUCCUCUUUCGAGGUCCUCGUCAUGGACGAGGCCGACCGCCUGCUCGACCUCGGGUUCUCCCAAGAGCUCACGCGGAUUCUGGGAUAUCUUCCAAAACAACGACGUACGGGGUUGUUCAGCGCAUCGCUAAGCGAAGCAGUAGAACGGCUGAUCACCGUGGGGCUGCUGUACCCUCACAAGAUCACCGUGCGGGUGAAGAGCUUGAAGGACGGGGGCGUGAUCCAGGAGCGCAAAACACCCAUGUCCUUACAAAUGUCCUACCUCGUAACACCAGCCAGCCAUAAAAUCCCCGCGUUAUGCCAACUCCUCGAAAAGCUCGACCCCCGCCCCUCUCGAUCCAUCGUCUUCUUCUCCACCUGCUUCGCCGUCAAGUACUUUGCACGCGUUCUCCACGGCGUCCUCCCCCAGGGCUUUAACAUCGUCUCCCUCCACGGCAAACUCGAACCCCAAGUCCGCGAAAAGAACUUCGAGCGCUUCGUCAACGCCACGUCCCCCACCGUCCUCCUCACCACCGACAUCGCCGCCCGCGGCCUCGACAUCCCCCAAGUCGACCUCGUCGUCCAACACGACCCACCCACCGACACCAAAGUCUUUAUCCAUCGCUGCGGACGCGCCGGACGCGCCGGCCGCCGCGGCCUUGCCGUCGUCCUGCUCCAACCGGGCCGCGAGGAAGGCUACGUACAGCUCCUCGACGUCCGCCAAACCCCCAUCACCCCGCUCGCCAAACCACCUGUCUCACCAACCGACGCCGAAGCCGAUCGCGCGGCGUCCCAGAUCCGCGCCCAGGCCCAAGCCGACCGCGAGAUUUACCAGCUCGCGCAGCGCGCCUUUGUCAGCUGGGCGCGCAGCUACAUCGAGCACCAGGCCACGUCCAUCUUCCGGGUAUCCGACCUCGACUGGACCGACCUCGCCAAGGGGUACGGCCUGCUCGAACUGCCCAAGAUGCCUGAAGUCCGGGGGUUAGACCGAUCUCUCGGUCUUGAGAUCGACAUAGAAGCUAUCCCGUUCCGAGACAAAGCCCGUGAGAAAAAGCGACAGGUCGAGCUGGAGCACUGGAAGAAGGAGAAGGCGGCGCGGGAGGCGUCGCGGGCGAAUGGUGGUGAUGCGGCCGCUACGGCGGAGGGACUGAAGAGGAAGAAGAAUGAGGCAUGGAGCGGGAAACAGGAGCAGGAGGAUGUGAAGCUGGCGAGAAGGGAGAAGAAGAGGCGGAAGAGGGAGGCGCAGAGGUUGGGGCAGAUGACGGAGAAGGAGAAGGCGGAGCAGAAGACUUUGGAGGAGAUGAUUGCUGAGGUGCGGAAGAGGAAUGCAGAGGCGGGAACGGGGGAUGGUUCAGGAGGAGGUGGUGGUGAUUUUGAAGGCUUUGACGACUAA